CACUGCGCGCCGCCCGCGUGUCCCCGGGGCGUCGGGAGGGCGGGGGGGGGGGGGUGUCUGGGCCCCCCGCGGGUUCCCCGGUGCCCAGUGGGCCUCCCCGUGCCCUGUGGGGUUCCACCUUCCUCCACGCACCCCCACGUUCCCCCUGCAGCCCCCGUUCCCCCUCCACCUGUGGUAGCGCUCUGCCGUCUCCUCUGGGCCCCCCCUGUCCCUCGUGGGGCUCCCCGGGCUCCCCAUUUCCCAUGGGACUCCCUUCCCCCCACUUUAAUACAUGUUUUUUAAUGCCAGAGCUGCCCCUCCACUCGAGGCCCGAGUCACGUCCCCCCCACGGUCCUUUCCAGGAAGACGGAGACGUCCCGCUCCCAAACCAGGCCACAGCCUCUGGUCCCUGCGGAUCCUCCCUUUCGGGGACGCGCCCCCUCCCAAGCAUAGGGAUCCGAGCACUGAGGCGGCGGCGGCGGUGGCGGCGGCGGCACUUGGGUGCCAGCGGAGAGGCAGGAGGUGUACCGGCGCCGCGAGUAGUUCGUACGGCUCAGGGGCUGCUGGCAGGGCAGUGCCUGUUCGCUGCGGUACGAUCGGCAAACGAUAGUCGUAUCUGGGACCGUCGGACUGGGAGUCCCCAGCCCCUCCGCUGCUGGGGUGGUGGAUGUGGAGGGGAGCCAGGAGGGAUGAGCGUGGGCUCUGGAUGUGUUUUCGGGAGCCAUCUGCCUACACUUGCCCAUGAACAAGCAAAACACGAGCUCCUCAGAGGACCUUGGUCCCUGCCAGCAGCUCUGCCUGUCCCAGAGAGACGGUGGCUGCGUGUGCCUUUGGGUGGGGACCCAGCGCCCACCACGGCCGCUUCCCUGUGGCUUUGUGAAGGCAUUUCAAUGAUCCUGGAGUCACCACAGGCACGGAGAAACACCAUCGCAGCGUCCGCUUGGCAAGACCUACCCUGCGGUGCUCCCCUGGCCGUCGCGGCACGGGGCUCCUCCUGCUCGGAGAGGGGCUGUGGGAAGACGAGCCGCUCCCACCGCGACGACGCAUGCUUCAGACGCCGGCGUUUCUCCUCGGCGUGGCUCCAGCCUGGUCAGCCUCUCCCUUACCGAGUUGGCGUCUCGUGGGUGAUUGCCAAAGCAUCGCUGCGGAGUGUCAGACGGGGACCCCGGACAGACCUCGAGCCACCCAGCACCUCUCAGAGUUUGUUCCUGGAGGGGGACCAGUGAGGAGAAGGGCGUUACUGUCUCUGCUCUGAAUUAGUGCACCUGAUGCAGCAGUUCCCACAGAGUGAAUCAGUUAAAUUAAUGAAUCCUCCCUAAUGCCGGAAUUUUAGGAGCUUCCUAACGUGUGUCAGUCGAUGUGUCAUUAAUACUCUCUUCUGUGACCUUUACGUUGCCAUCCAAG